AUGGCGAAAUCCCUAUCCCGCACCACCGCCUCACGCGUCGCUAGUCGUUUCUUUUCCACCUCUAGAGCCGCCGCUCCUUCUCCGCUUCAUUCUCACCUCAUUUCCCGUCGAUCUUCACCGACGCUGUUCCACGCCAUCGGUUUCAUCCCCGAUUCGAUCCGUUUGACGACGAUCCGGACCCGUAUGGAUAGGUCCGGUGGGUCGUAUUCGCCGCUCAAAUCCGGAUCGAAUUUCAGCGACCGACCACCCACUGAAAUGGCGCCGCUGUUUCCUGGUUGCGACUACGAGCAUUGGCUUAUCGUUAUGGACAAGCCCGGCGGCGAAAACGCCAAUAGACAGCAAAUGAUCGAUUGCUAUGUUCAAACCCUAGCCAAAAUUGUCGGCAGUGAGGAUGAAGCUAAGAGGAAGAUCUACAAUGUAUCAUGCGAGAGGUAUCUAGGGUUUGGCUGUGAGAUCGAUGAGGAGACGUCAAACAAACUUGAAGGAAUUCCUGGAGUUCUGUUCGUGCUUCCGGACUCUUACGUUGAUCCAGAGUACAAAGAUUACGGAGCUGAGCUGUUUGUGAACGGAGAAGUGGUGCCGCGUCCACCAGAGAGACAGAGGAGGAUGGUGGAGCUGACGACUCAGAGAGGCUCUGAUAAACCAAAGUACAAUGACAGAACCAGAAACGUCCGACGUAGAGAGAACAACAUCCGUUGA